GUAUAGAGGGACAUAGGAAGACGUUUUGGUCUUGUCAUGAGAAUGUUGUUCGUGUUAGUCCUAGUGGGCACCCUGUGUCUUAGGGGUCACUCUGCUCCCACACCCCACAAGACUCCACUCUCCAUUAUAUUUCCAGGUGAAAUCCGCAGCAACAUGAGUGACCUCCAGCUGGCUGAGAAGUACCUCCAGAGGUAUGGAUACCUGGCCCUGGAGCAAGGUGGUGAUAGCCAAGUCUCCUUGCGCAAAGCUCUCAGCCACAUGCAGCACAAGCUGGGACUGAAGGAGACAGGAGAUCUGGACCAAGAGACCAUGGAUGCCAUCCGGGCUCCUCGCUGCGGUGUGCCUGACAUAGGCAAAUACAACACAUUUGAGGGAGAGCUAAAGUGGGAUCACAAUGACAUAACAUACCGCGUCUUGAACUACUCUCCUGAUCUGGACCCUGAGGUCAUAGACGAUGCCUUUGCACGCGCCUUUAGCGUUUGGAGCGCAGUCACGCCGCUUACGUUCACUCGUAUAUACAACGAAGUGCCCGAUAUUGAUAUCCUGUUUGGAUCUGACAAUCAUGGGGAUCCUUACCCUUUUGAUGGCAAAGACGGGCUCUUGGCACAUGCAUAUCCACCCGGCGAUGGGGUGCAGGGAGAUGCUCAUUUUGAUGAUGAUGAAUUUUGGACACUUGGCACAGGCGUGGUUGUAAAGACAAGCUUUGGAAAUGCUGAAGGAGCUCUCUGCCACUUUCCAUUCAUAUUUGAAGGCCAGUCUUACUCCACUUGCACAACCACUGGACGCUCAGAUGGGUUACCAUGGUGCAGUACCACCGCCAACUAUGAUAAUGACCGCAAAUACGGCUUCUGCCCCAGCGAGUUGCUCUUUACAUAUGCAGGAAACAGCGAUGGAGCACCUUGUGUCUUCCCUUUCGUCUUUGAUGGGAAGACAUUUAACAGUUGUACCAAGGAAGGGCGUUCAGACGGAUAUCGCUGGUGUGGUACCACUGCUAAUUACGAUACAGAUGGCAAAUAUGGUUUCUGCCCCAACAGAGAUACUGCUGUGAUUGGUGGAAACUCCCAGGGAGACCCUUGUGUGUUCCCAUUCACAUUCCUUGAGAGGACGUAUCAUGCAUGCACAAGCGAUGGACGAAAUGACAGAAAGUUGUGGUGUGCAACUACCUCUAGCUAUGACCAAGACAGGAAAUGGGGCUUCUGUCCUGACCAAGGUUACAGUCUUUUCCUUGUGGCAGCCCAUGAGUUCGGUCAUGCUCUGGGCUUGGAGCAUAGUGAUGUCCAAGAUGCUUUAAUGUAUCCUAUGUACCGCUAUGUUAGCGACUUCCAGCUUCACCCAGAUGACGUGGAGGGAAUCCAAUAUUUAUAUGGUCCUAAUCCUGGCCCACAUCCGACAGCUCCGGUGUCUACUAGAAAGCCAUCUUCAACAACCCUACCCACCACUACCACUAAAACUACCACAUCUAGUACUACUACUCCUACCACUACUACAACUCCUUUGGACCCAACACAAGAUGCUUGUAAAGUUAAAGUGUUUGAUGCCAUUGCAGAACUUCAGGGUGAACUUCACUUCUUCAAGGAUGGAUUGUACUGGAAAAUGUCUGCCAAGGACAAGAGACCUCCCAAGACUCCACUUCGUAUCACUGAUACAUGGUCCGCUCUGCCCCCAAAUAUUGACAGUGCGUUUCAAGAUCCCACAAGCAAGAAAAUCUUCUUUUUUGCUGGGCGCAAAUUCUGGCAGUAUACUGGUAGCAGUGUUUUGGGCCCACGCAGCAUUGAGAAGCUGGGUGUGGGGAAAGAUGUGGAGGGCAUCAUAGGCGCUAUUCCAAGGAAUAAUGGGAAGGUGCUGCUGUUUAAUGGAGAGAAAUUCUGGAGGCUAGAUGUAAAAACACAAACUGUGGACAAGGGGUACCCAAGACACACUGAUGAAGACUUUUCUGGAGUGCCAACUGACUCCCAUGAUGUUUUCUUAUAUCAAGGUAAAUAUUAUUUCUGCCAAGAUCGCUUCUUUUGGCGUAUGACAUGGCGCAAACAAGUGGAAAAAGUAGGAUAUGUGAAAUAUGACCUUCUGCACUGCCCAGAGCAAUAGAGGAAGGUCAAGAAGAAUGGAUGGUGGUGAAGAUGGCCAUUGGGCGGUAGUGGUUGUAGGACAGUAAUCCUAAUGUUGUGAAGUAGUGGGGCUCUGUGAAUCCCAAAUUUUGUCACCCGCACCUAGUGUGUCUUUAUUUUUUCUGAGUUUAGGUAAAAAUAUAUAUGGAUGUGCACUGUAAACAUACCAUGCCCACACUUGGUACGGUACAUAUGUGUAUGCAAGCAAUAAGUCUGCCUGGUGCAGACUAUAAGAGAGAAUAUGAGUGAGGGUGAGAUGCUGUGAUCAUGAAAAAUGACUACAGUGUGUGACAUUUGCAGAGAUUUCUAUAAUAUAUUGUUUUCUUUUCUAAUAAAUAUUAUUUCUUUUGACCAAUA